CUGUUUUUUGUUUUUUUUUUUCGUUUAUCUUUUUUUAUUCUCUAUUUUUCUCUCUCUAAAAGCUGAUUUGAAUUUUUUGUUUUUAUUUUUAUAAAUCAAAUUUUUUUUCUGUUUGUUUGCUCUGUUGUUGCCUGAUUACUGAUUUCCAUUCUCAAAGCAAACAAAACCAAAUCAAACCAAACCAACGAACAAAAGAAAAAAAUGAAAUCAUCAUUAUUAUUGUCAUUAAUAACAUUAUUAUUAAUCAAUAAUUUAUUGUUGAUUAAAAAUGUUUUUGGUAAUGUUCCUAUUAAUCAAAAUGAUAACGAUGAUGAUGAUUCACCAGUACCAUCAAGACAAAUUGUUUUUAAUCUUUUUCAUGGUAAAAGUGUGUUUCAAUCAAGAUUAAUACCAUGGAAUUUACCAUCAGAAAUAUUGACCAGUUCAAAACGUAUUGAUUGUGGUGCAUCAAAAGGUGAUCUUGAUAAUACGAUUGGUAUUUCAAUUUGUGAUGAUCAUAUUUUUCAAUUUAAUUCUGAUUUUACUGUUACAAUAUAUCCAAAAUCAAGAAAAAAAUAUUCAACAGAAACAAAUACAUUACAUUUGAUUGAAGGUUCUAAAGUUGAUUUAGAAAGAAUUGAACCAGAAAUAAUUCAUCUUGGUGGUUAUCGUAAACGUUCUGAAUUUAUUUUACAUUAUUUUCCAUCCAUUAAUUCAACAAAUCGUUUGUGGAUGUCAUUAACAAGAUCGCCAAUCGGUUUUGAAUGGCGUUCAAGUAUAAUGGUUAGCGAUUAUCAAUCAUGGAUGUGUUCACAAAAUUACAAUGAUAUUGAUUCUGGACCAAAAUAUCGUUUUGAAUAUGAAAUGACUAGUAAAUUAACACGUACAAUACCAAUUUCGGCUGUAGCAAGAUUUUAUUCAAUUGCUUAUCAUACUGAAAGUAAUGAAUUUUUAUUAUUCAUUAAUGAAAUGUAUAUGGAUGUACCAUAUUUUGGUAAAUUAUGUUUAGGAUAUAAAAAAGCCAAUACACUUCGUUUAAUUAGUCAUGGUAAUUGUGAUCGUUAUGAUGGUAGUGAUAGUAAAACUAAUUCACAUAAAAAUAUAAAAGAAUUAUUAAAAUCAAUUCAAUUUGGUUUUACAUCAUUUUCGGAUUUAAUAUUGGCUUCAACACAUGAUGAUCAAGCUAUUAUAAUUAAUCGUAGAAUAUUAUCAAUAUUUGAUAAUGAUUUUUCAUUUAUAAAGAAAAAAUUAACCGAAUAUUUAAGUUGUGAUACGCAAAUACAUUCAAAUGCACCACAUGCACCAUCAAAUGAUGAUGAUAGUAAACGUAAAAAACGUUCAAUAAAACAACGAAAACGUGGAAGAAAGUGAGAGAGAAAAAAAAAUUGGUGAUGAUUGUGGACAUACAAGUAGAGUGAUAACCUAUAACAACAACAACAACAACAACAAAAUUUUAAAAAAAUUGAAUUGAAAUUAAUUAAUUACUCUUUUUAUUGAUUGUUUUUUUUGUUGUUA